UCAUUUUUUUUUAUAUGACCAAACAGAGAGCGGAAAGGAAGCUUAAAAAAGUUAGAAAAACAAAAGUAAAGUGCUAAGCUAACUUACAGAAGAGAAUUAAAAUUAUUGUGGUUAAACAUUAUGAUUUUGAAAAUGGAGAAAAUAAUUAUGAUAUUUGUACUCCUCAAAUUAUCUAUCGUAUAUUCAUCAAAUACUACUCAGACAACAAUAACAUCGCCGUUGACAGCAAAAACACAAAACGCAACUUCAACUAUCAAGAAGACACCGACGGAACCUGUACCAACAACGAGCCAACAGCCAACAAAAGCGCCACUCAAUUGCUCAGCAUUCGCUGAGUGCUCUACUUGUACGAAAGAUUCUCAUUGCUAUUGGUGUAGCCCAUCUGGACAAUGCUUACAAUACCCAAAAGGAAAGAUUAUCCCGAAGGGUUGUUCUGGAAAUAAAUGGUACUGGAAGCAGUGUGUUAUUCCAGGUUAUGUUUUGAUCAUCGUUGUGCCCUCCCUCGGAGGUUUGAUCCUUCUCCUCUGUGGUUGCUGCAUCUAUUGUAAGUGUUGUCGAACAUCAAGCAAAAGCUGGAAAAAAGAGGAGGAACGAAUAACUCAAAGGAGAAAGGAUCGUCAGCUCCGAAAUGACGAUAAGAAAGCCGAGCGACAAAAACGUGCAGAUGCUUUGAGAAUGAAGUAUGGCUUGUUGAAGUCGGAUGAUGAGGAGCCGCUUAUUUAAACGAAGACCUUUAUCCUUUAUUUUUUUUCUAAACAAACCGUUUUUAUUUUUUUAUUUUAUAAUAUUUUUUUCUGAUAAGAUUCUGAUAAGAGCUCAGAAAGUUUCAAAAUUAAGAUUACUUUAUGAAUAGACUUAUGUAAUCUGUUGUUGUACGUUAGAUUUCAAUUCAGAUCUUAACUUUAAUUUGGAGCAGACUUCAGAGCAGACUGGAUUAAGCACAUUUUUUGUUGCUGUUGUUGUUCUUGUUCUUGUUGUUUUGCUGUUGUUGGUGUUGUCCUUGUCCUUACUUAAAACAAAAUUCAGUGGUUACUUUCUAUUAACGCAGUGAUGGCAUUUGUAUAUAUUAAGAAUCGCUUAGAGCUCAGUAUCGUUUUUUAACUUGAAAUUUCUUAUUUAUGUUUUUGUCAGUUUUUGUAUCAUUUUCAUUUGUUAUUUCCUUUCAUUUGAUGCCUAAAACUGAAACUGUUUUUUUUUGUGUCAUGAUGCUAGAUUUUCUUUUAAACUCUUAUUUCGCUUUUCUCCUCAAAUUUGAUCAAGUCACAACACGCUGUCUUUUUUCUGUAAGUUUUCUGUCCAGAACUGUGACAGCCAUUUUAGGGAAAAGAAGCUACGGAAACUUCGUUUCAAUGAAUAUGGAUUACAGGUUGGAAAAACCGAAUUUUCAACAAAAUUAACCUUUCUAUCUUCUUGUUCCAUCUUUGUGUUACACCCUACUAUAAUAGAAAACCUUGUUUUAAAUGUCUUCAGGUUUAUUUUGCUCCUUCAACUUAUCCGUAAAACAUUCGCACAAUGUUAUUGUGAAUUCGAGCUGUACGCUCUGACUAUUUUAAGCAUACUUUUUUAAAGAACGUUUUAAUUAAGGAUUCUAAAAUCCCAAGCACUGAUAUUUUUUUAAAAAAACACAAUUUUUAGUUUUGAUUUAAUUUGCACGUUUUUUUAUGAGCAUCUUGUUUUGAGCUAAAAUUCGAAUUCGAAAUUUUGCGUUUGAGGCUAAUAUAGCUAUGUUGUACUUCUGUGCUUGUGUCCAGUGUGAUUGUUAUAAAUUGUUCAAAAUUUUAAUCGCAAGUCUUUAUGUUUAACAUAUAACUUAAUUUUUUUGCUCUAUUUUGCUAUAUUGUUAAACUCAUAAAAAACGUGUAUUUUUUUAGUAAAAUGUACAGUUAUAAAUUUUGAUUAACUUUGCAUGCAUGCAACUGAUCAAGCAAAAAGCACGCUUUUUUUAAUUUGUGUUUGAAUAAGCGAGUUUACUUAACGAUCAACGUGGGUAUGUUAUUUGUGGUAGCUGUGGUUAUUACUUUAUUACGAAAUUGAGAGCGGUGAUGAUGGUAAUUUUUGUGUUUUCAGUGAGAAGUUUUAUUUUAUGUUAGAUAAGUUGUGAUAACACAGUAAAAGCUCGUUUUCUUUGACUGUAUUUUGCGCUAUAGCUAUGUUGAUUAAGUGCGCAUGCGCUAACAAAGAGGCUCGUAAGCUUUUUGCGCUAUAGUGAAAAAACAGUCAACGGGACGAGAAAUUUCAUGUUUUGAAGAAAACCUAAAAUACUAUUGUACUAUAACAGAGUUUUCUCAUUUUGUGUGUGUACGUGAAAACAGGUGUGUUUCAAGUUUGGUUUUGUUGUGUAUGAUGGUAAGAAUAUUUUUUCUCUGUAAACGGAGUUAAUAAAAAUAAUAAGAAAAUAGUGAGA